AUGACAGUGGCCGAAUAUGAAGCCAAAUUCACAGAACUAGCCAAAUUUGUUCCGAAAUUGGUAGAGGAUGAGCAAGACCGAGUGCACAAGUUUGAGAUGGGAUUGAAGACUGAAAUUAGGAAGCAAGUGGUACCCUAUGAGUUGACUACCUAUGCAGCUGUGGUGAAUAAAGCUUUAAUCAUUGAAAGGGAAGUCAACGAAGCUUUUGCUGAAAGAGAAAGAAACCAAAAGAAAAGAAACAGACCUGCUGAAUUUAAAGGGGGAAACAAGAAUUUCAAGAAUCCAGCUCAGAAGCCAAAUAAAGAUAGAAAUUCCAAAAAUGAGAAUGGAAAGUGUUCAAGAUGUGGCGGUAAUCAUGAAUUUGCAAAUUGUUCCUGGGUUACAGGUUCUUGUUUUCAUUGCGGACAGAAAGGUCAUAAAAUUGCAGAUUGCUCACAAAGAAACGAGAUUAAAUCUACGCAGGCAAUGGAAGGAAGCCAGAAGCCAAAGACUCAAGGAAGGGUGUUCGCACUUACACAGCAGGAUGCACAAGCUUCUAAUGCAGUGGUGAUAGGUACUAUUCCCGUAUUCGAUAUUUAUGCUUAUGUUUUAUUUGAUCCGGGUGCCACACAUUCAUUUAUAUCCUCAAGCUUUAUCAAAACACAUAAUAUAUUGUGUGAAUCUAUGACCACUAAGUUCUAUGUGGAGACGCCAGUAGGUGGUAUGUUGAGCACUGAUGUUAUAUGCAAGGCAUGCAAAAUUGAAAUAAUAGAUAGGGAGUUACCUGUGGAUUUAAUUGUACUUGAUAUGCGGGAUUUUGAUGUCAUUCUGGGGAUGAAUUGGCUUGCUACCUAUCAUGCCUCAGUGGACUGUCAUGGCAAGAGGGAAAAUUUCCAAAUUUCGGGGGAACCGGCAUUCAGUUUCUGUGGGAACCAGGGAACUGCUUUUCCUCAUAUUAUCUCGGCUUUGCAAGCUGGACGAAUGUUAAGGAAAGGAUGCACAGGUUAUCUGGCCUCAGUAAUUGAUAUAUGUUGCCCAAGGUGA